AUGUCGGGUGAGAAGACAGUUGUUGUGCAUUCGAGCGUUUGUCCAGACGAGGAGGAACUCCCCAGCGCCGUCCCAACGCCGUCGUUGCAUCCCGCCCAAACCUCCUCCGUCUCCGUUGGGGCCGACGACGACGACGACGACGACGAAUUUGCCAUCACGUACGUUGCGCAGAAGAGUGCGCCGGUGAACAUCGCCAGCGCGCGUUCGGCCCCGCAGAAGCGGCUUCGCAACAGCGCGGUGGAGCAGACGUCUGCCUCUCUUGACACGGACGCGGUGGAGUCCAAGCCAGACGACACGGACCAUCCCCACGACCGCGCAGAGUACGUGCGUUGGCAGGCACGGGAUGCCGCACGGCCAAAGAAGUUGCUGAUACAAUGA